CUGCCGAGUCGCCCCCAGCACGCAGGCGCAGCCCCGCAGCUCCUGUUAACCCCCCGCCUCUUUUCUUUCAUUCGGUCCUUCCUCCUUUUCCAGUACCUUAGCAGGUUUAAAGUCUUCUCGGUGAGGGUGGCGGCGAGCGCGAGGUCACGUGAUGAGCAUCCUGCUGCCCAACAUGGCGGAGUUCGACACCAUCUCGGAAUUGGAGGAGGAGGAGGAGGAGGAAGAGGAGGAGGAGGAGGAGGAAGCAGCAGCAACGUCGUCAUCGUCGCCAUCGUCGCCAUCGUCGUCCUCUGCCUCGGGGCCCGACGACGACGAGGAAGAUGAAGAAGAGGAGGAAGCGCUGGAGGCGCCACCCCCACCUCGGGUAGUGAGCGAGGAGCACCUGCGAAGAUAUGCCCCAGACCCUGUAUUGGUUCGCGGCGCCGGCCACAUCACUGUGUUUGGCUUGAGCAACAAGUUUGAUACUGAAUUUCCCUCAAUUCUAACAGGGAAGGUGGCCCCAGAAGAAUUUAAGACCAGCAUUGGCCGUGUAAAUGCAUGUUUGAAAAAGGCUCUUCCAAUCAAUGUGAAAUGGCUGCUGUGUGGUUGUCUCUGCUGCUGUUGCACACUGGGUUGCAGCCUGUGGCCGGUAAUUUGUCUCAACAAAAGAACCAGAAGAUCAAUUCAGAAGUUAUUAGAAUGGGAAAAUAACAGAUUGUAUCACAAGCUUGCUUUGCAUUGGAAAUUGACUAAAAGGAAAUGUGAAACUAGCAAUAUGAUGGAGUAUGGUCGCUAUGAAUUGGAAUCAGCUGGCUGGCGGGGAGUGAGCGUCUAGAGCCCAAUGAAAGUCACUGCAACCCCCUUUCUGGAAAGAGAGCUAAUUGAGAACCUACACCAAGAGAAGAUAUGGUGGUUCAUUCAGAAUGGAAAAAAAUUUUUCAAUCUUCUUUCCGUGGAUCUUUUAUAAGCAGUUGGCUAUAAUUUAGGAAAAAAGAGAUAUGUGUAGGCAAAAGUGUUUUUACUUUAUAAUUUCACCACCCAUGUCCAUUUCAUUCAUUUGUAGGUACUUCUCUUCGCAAUUAAUCUAGUAUUUGAUUUUUAAUAUAAUUAAUAUUUAUAUUAUGUUAAUUUUCAUGCAAUGACUCAUGUAAGCCUAUAUGUAGGGGGCAGUACUGAGGCAUUUUGAUGGUGCCGUGGAUUACACUUUGAGCUGCUGAAAGGUCAGUAGUUCAAUCUCAGAAACCCUAUUGGAGUAGUUCUACGGGGUCUCCAUGAGUAGGAGUCAACUCACUGGCACUUGGUUUGGGUUUGGUGGGAAUUACGUGUAAAUCAUUGUGCUAAAAAUAAAUCUGAAGUACCUAGGACUGAAUAUUUUUAUCACCUUACUUUGGUCUUUUAGUAAACUUUUUAGGUAAUAUUCAUCCCAGUAAAUAGAACAAUCAUUUCUUCAUACAAGGUCAAGACUUAUUUUUAAUUGUGAUAAGGGUGAAAGAUUACAGAGCAAAUUAAUUUUCCAUUAAACAACGUAUACAUAUCCCGUGUCCUAACAUUAGAUGCAAUUCCCUCCAUGUAACACCACUUUUCUGCUUCCUUCCCUGGGUUCUCCAUUUCCAUUAGUCCUUUUUUUCCUUGCCCCUUCCUGCCUUCUGAGCUUUGUUUUUUGGGAUCAUGCUGCUCUUAUGGUUUUUGUGGAAUACAUUCCACCCAAGUGUUGCUGUUCACUUUAUAAGCCUAUCUGUUGUUUAGCUGCAAAGCGAUCCCUGGAAUGGAUUCAUUUCCAAGCUUGAAGGGUGUUUGAGGGUCACAGUCUUGGGGGAUCCACCAGUCUCUCAGAUCAGUAAGUCUGGACUUUUUUACAAUUUUGAAUUUUCAUCUAUAUUUUUCUCCAUUCUCUUUAGGACCUUCAGUGGUCCCAAUCAAAGUGGUUAGUAGUGAUAACCUGGCACCAUCUAGUUCUUCUGGUCUCAGGGUAUUAGAGACUGUGGUUUGCAAGGUCCAUUAUUCCUUUGAACUAACUCUUUCCUUGAAUCUUUGAUUUUCUUCAUUCUUCUUUCCUAUCAAUAGUUGAUUCUUAAACACUGUUAGCAAGGCCCCAGGCACUACACAUCACAGAAAGGUAUAGAACAUUGUCUUUGUAAACAAUGUAUUGCCAGUUGACAAAGUUGUUUCCCUAGACUGUGGUCCUAAAGUCCUAAGUCCCCAACCCCAAUGACGCAUCAUUCCCACAAAGCUUUUGGUUAUGACUAAAGUUUUCAUAAUUUUGUCCUCUCUGUGUUCUACUAUGUAAAUCGAUAUCUUUAUAACACACACAAAUACUUAUGUAGAAAUAUCCUCUGCUAAACUUAUACGUAUGGCUGUGGGUAUAGCCCAUUGACCUACCAUACCUAUUCAGCUCGCAUGUCUGCCUAUGUGAGGGGGCUUCAAAAAGUUCAUGGAAAAAUGAAAUUAAAAGAUGAUGGAAUUUUCCAAGAACUUUUUGAAGCCCCUCAUAUCUACCUGUAGAUGUUUGUUUGUUAUUACUGAUAUUGCUGGAUUGUAUUUUAAGACACUUGAAAAAAUUAUGCUUCAUUUGGAAUUGGUAGUCUUUGACCAGUAAAAUAAGAAGAGAGAAAAAAGACACCAUUUGUUAUAUUGUUAUAAUUGAUAGGUGAAAACUUUUCCACUUUCCGCUGUACAGUCUCAUGUUCUCUAUGCCACUCAGACACCCAACAUCUCUAUUAAUAUACUGUGUAUAGCUGCCAAUGUCAUCUGUCUGCCUGCUGUAAAAUCGAAAGUGUAUUUUUAUUAACAAGGAGGAAGCCUUUGAAAAAGUAUAUCAAUUCUCAUGUUUUACAGUUAAGAUUAGGGGGAAAUUGCACCUGGAGCUGGUGUCCCAGCUAGUAGCAUCAGAUCUUUGCUUUAAACUGAUACCUUAUUAUCAAAAUUGAUUUCCAAUAUAGUAUAACAUUUGUAAUUAUAACUGAUAAAACAAUUGAUUUUUAAGUGUCAACCCUUAAAAACGUCAUGCUUUUUUUUCCCCUUGAAACUUAAAAUUUGGUCAUGUGGUGGUCAUGGUAACUUUUUCCGCCAUGUGUAAAUCACACAUGGGUUUUGCUCAAAGAACAGCAAGAAGUAAUCAAUUGUUUCCCAUUAGAGUGUAUCUAGAGGUGGCAGCAUACAAUUCUAGAGACAGUAGUAGUACAAAUCAGAGAAGCCAUUUGACAGCAUAUGUAAACUUAAUUUUUAAAUGGACUCUAAUCACUUUUUAAUAUUCUUUUAUUGUUCAUUAUGCUAGUUAGCUAAUGUUAUUUUCUUGAACUACCCAAAAAAAGACUCCGUUUUCUUUUGUCUCAUUGAGAUGACUGCUUUUUCAAACGGAUUUUCCUUCGAGAGAGCUGAUUGGUGCCCGUGGGAUGUUUUGGGGUGCUUUGGGGUAUUUGUAUUCUUUGAGUAAAACUGAGAGCAGUUAAUGCUAAAAUGACAAAGCACACUGCGGUAACUAACCACCCAACCCUUCAACACCCUUUUGUUUAGUCUUAGGAUAGAACAUGCUUAUAUUUUUCCAUCAGGUUAGUAAAGUAUUUUUCUGGAAAUGGUUUUUUAGAUUAAAGAAAGUAAUUUUGAAUUUCUCUGUCACUUACUAUUUCUUUAUAAAACGUGUUAUGGUAGUCUCCAGAUUAACUGGCAUGCACAUUUGCCGAAGCAUAUACCUCUCACAAGCCUUUGUCAUUACACGUUAAAAGCAUUCUUUAACUUCCUUCCUUGUAUCGCCAUCUCCAUUGCCCUAUUAAACGGCCAAAGUGUGACUAAAGCAGAUCUAACUCUUGUCAGCUUCACAUUUAUUUAUAGUGAGGUGUGGGCUCCGGUGAGGAAGGACUCAGAUUCCUGAUGUAUUUCAUUUCAUCUUCAUUCCACUCUGAGUUCCACCUUUUAUUUAUAAUUAAUGGUCUAAUGCUUCUCAUUUGGCCUCAAAUUCUGGAUGAACGUGUUGGCUUAAUUGGUCAUUUUUUUUAACUUGUUUUGUUGAGAAGCAGAUGCAGUAUUAUUAACAAAUAUGGACAAGUCACAUAUAGAUUUAUGAACUUCAUCCUGGACAUGCCCUCUAACCUUCACUCCCUCUUCCCCUCUAUGUUGGAGUCCCUGAAUGACACAAAUGGUUAAACAUUCAGCCACAAACUGAAAGAUUGGCCAUUGGAAUCCACCCACAGGUGCCUCCAAAGAAGGUCCUACUUGGAUCUCGUGAAAACGCGUUCUCCUUUGAAAGAUCGCUAUGGAGCACAGUUCUUCUGUAGCACACAUGGAGCCGCCAGAAGUCAAAAUUGACCUUGUGGUAACUGGUUUGAGUUUUGUUUACUCUCUGUGUUAACUUAAGAAAGAAACCAUUUUAGUCAAACUUUAGAAAUACUGUAGAUGGAAAAGUGCCUUGUCUUUUUAGAACAAAGAUAACAUACUAUGCUAAAGGAAGCAGAGUAAAUCCAUGAGGAUAUCAUUAGAUUAAAAGCUAGCUUUCCCCUCAGCUAAUUUACAAUAAAAAUUUGUUAGUUAAAGUAUAUAAAGAAAUAAAACCGUUCUUUUCAAAUAGGGAAAAGAGUAUUUCACUAGCAUAUUAUAGUUCUUUAGUUUUUAUUUAAUGUCUAUUUCCUUCUUUCGCCUAAUCAUGAGAUAUUUUAGAACUCCCUGUUAAUUGACAGGUGUAGUUAAAACUCACCCCCAGGCUAAGAAGGAGAAAAGACCCGAUGAGCUGCUCCCAUAAAGAUUACAGCUUAGAAGAAAUACCCGAUGAGACAGUUUCUCGCUCACGUGGGGUCACUCUGUAAGAAUGGACUUGUUUGGCACCUAACAGCAACAUCAGUCAAUCAGAUGAACUAGUGUAGUCUGAAUACUACUCAACAUGUAAUUUUGCAUGGUUCUGGAAGGACGGUGCUCUUUGAAGUUCUAAGAUCUACAUAAAUAUUUAUUGCACAAACAAAAGGGGGUCCAAAAGUUUGUGAAGAAAAUAAAGUUUCUGGAAAGAUGAAACUAAAAGGUAAUGGAAUUUUUCCACAAGCUUUUUGAAGCCUCCUUGUACUGACUAUUCGGCAAUCAAAUUGACUUAAUAUUUACUUUCUCUACCAUUUUUAAAGUUUAAUUUUAUUCUUCAUGACUGAAGUAUAGCUCAAUGACAUUUGUAAGCCUUUAAAUAAAUAAGGACUUUUUCAAAUUUAUGAGACCUUUAAGAAAAUCAUUAGCAUUUUAACUUGGUUUGUAAAAAAAACUGCCAUUUAAAAGAAAUAGAUCUUCACUACUUGAACAUAAAGUCCCAAAACACUAUUUCAUUAGUAUUUACAUUUUGUUGUAAAACGAUAUCGAAAUUAUGCACAUCUGAUUAACUGGAAUCGUUUCACAUAGUGGAAAUACUUUUUUGUUAGCUUGAUUAUAGAAUGCUCAAAUUCAUUUAAAUUAAAUCUUAUGCUUACUCCUUUGCUUUAAAAAAUUCUUGCAACAAUGUCAAAUUGUUCAGAAUCCUUUAAAUGGUGAAGUGUUGGGAAUUUUUUUUGAAAAGGAGUAGGUUUUGCUCACCCUUGUUUGUCUAUUACAUGAUUAUAUUUAAGAAUACUCUCACACUUACAAUUAACCUUAUCUUGCUCCAAAUUAUCCUUUCUUGAUUCCUUUUUAUUUUGAAGUUGGCAAUCAGACUAUGAUCCAUUUUCUGUAACCUGUGUCAAGUCCAUACUAUAUGAAGAAAUGAUCUCAUAUUGUGUCCAGGCACCACUUAAAUUCUCAUAUCUUCAUCUAUAAAAUCAUGGCAUUGAAGCUAGCACUUGACAGAAAGUCCAGAUCACCUAACAGUCUGUGAUUCUAGGAAUCCCUUUGGAAAUUUUUAUUCUGAAAGAUAUCAGAAUGGUUACUCUCAGAUAUCCUACCCUUGGUGGAAAUAUUUACAGUGCCUUGUACACAGUAAAACAGAGUUCAUUAUUUGCCACCUGACAGCUGGUUGAUGUGUAUUCAUAUCACACAGACUCAAAGAACCUGAUGCCUCCUAGACCUCCAUGGCCAUAAGAAUGAAUGUAACUUCUUUAGAAAUUGAAGACUAAAGGUCAUGGGCUUGGUCUCUGUGGAAUUUGACUAUGCAGCUGCCUAGUGGUAUCCUGGCAAGAAUAUAGCUGUGACAGCAGUGGAGAUAUAGAAGGACCCACUUUGACAAGAGUUUCAUAGCCUAUCCAGAAUCUGUUUCAGGAACUCUUUUUUUUUUUUUUUUUAGGAACUCUUAAAGCGUUCCACGCUCUUGAGAAGAUCUAACGGGGGCGGGAUGAUAAUAGUAGGUGGAAAGGAAAGUGGUAUGGCAUUCA